AUGUUGGGUUUGAUGGAAGAAGUUAUGAGUGAGCUACUGGGUAGGGAAGAUGUGAACGAACAGGGUCUUCCACCUGGUUUCAGGUUCCACCCGACUGACGAGGAGCUCAUCACCUUCUACCUCGCUUCCAAGGUCUACAACGGCGCUUUCUGCGGUGUCGACAUUGCUGAGGUCGAUCUCAACAGAUGUGAGCCCUGGGAGCUCCCAGAUGUGGCCAAGAUGGGGGACAAAGAGUGGUACUUCUUCAGCCUCCGCGACCGGAAGUACCCAACUGGCCUGAGAACCAACCGUGCCACCGGCGCCGGCUACUGGAAAGCCACCGGCAAAGACAAGGAGGUCUAUAGUGCCUCCAGUGGAGCCCUCCUUGGGAUGAAGAAGACCCUCGUCUUCUACAAGGGUCGUGCUCCCCGCGGCCAGAAGACCAAGUGGGUCAUGCACGAGUACCGCCUCGACGGCGACUUCUCCUCCUACCGCCACACGUGCAAGGAUGAAUGGGUGAUUUGCAGAAUACAUAACAAAGCCGGGGACAAGAAGAACCCGAUAUUGCAAGGGGAAGGGCAACAGAGUAACUUCCUACAACAAGUCGUGGAGUCUGCUUCUGCUUCUGCUUCUUCCAGAACUGGCUGCUGCUUGCCUCCAUUGAUGGAAUGUCAUCAAUCUCAGACGACUCAUCAGAGCCCUAGCUUUCUGCAAAACCCUAGUUUACUUCAAAUUCAAGAAAAUGACCUGAUGAAAAGUCGAAAUCAACUGUUUCAACCACCGAGAUCAUCAGCAUCAUCUUCAUCUUCAUCCUCAGCAGCAGCUUUGCAAUCCAUGCUCUGCAAGUCUUUCCUCUUUUCAAAUCAAGAUCAAGCUGGCACUGUGACUGGUAGUAAUAGCGCUCAUAAACAGCGCAAGGCAGAGGCCACUAAUCUCUCCCACUUCCGAACUCCACCGCUUAAUGUAGCUAACUUCAACUACUUAAUGGAAAAGAAUCACUCUCAGCAUCAGCCAAAUGGCCCAGACUCAUUGCUUCAGUAUCAUCAUCAUCAGCACCCUCGAAGCUCAUUGUCUUUUAUUGACUUCCAGUAUUACAAUGGUGUGCUAGGGCUUUCAACAUCUGCUACUGCUGCCGUGGAUUCUGAGACCACGUCUUCUGCUUCAAUCAGUGGUUUCAACAGGGCAGGCAUCCAGACCAUGCUUGAUCCCCUCAUCAAACUCCCAGCCGCAGAAUCAUGGAAUCUGGAUAAUAUUGCUUAA